AACAAUUCAAUUCUACAUUCAAAAUCAGAAGCCAAGUUUAUCAUAAAAUGGGCUCACUGCUGCCAAUGCCAAACGAACCACAUAAAUUCUUACAAAUUUACUUUAUGGGCGGCGAGGAUUCCGGAAGCGCACUUGCCAAUCGCGUGAAUGCACGUUGUAAUUAUAAUAACCUUGAUUCACUUUAUGCCAGGCGCAUCGUCAGCGAGCUAGAUGCUCUUUUGAACGAGCACAACGAGUUGUUGAAAAUAUUCAAAUCACAUAUGCACCAAUUACAAAGCGAUAAUCACGCUAUCGUCAUUAAUCCUGAUAAAACACCAGCUGGAGAGCAUAUUCGUAGAUUCAAUGCACCCGUUGUUGAUGAUGUUGCUGGAAUCAUGGUUGGCGAUUCUACAGCUGCACGAGAAAUUGUGAUUCGUAGAAGAAAUAAUAAUCUUCAGUUCAUUCUGGAAGGGACAAGACGGAUAUUGCAUAAACAUAAAACAACGAGAUACCGUAUCAGGAGCUGAAACAAACAAGAACGUUAGCUCAAAGGAUUACGCAUAAUAAUCCUUAAUCCGAUUAAUGAUUAGACGUGGCCUGGACAACGUCAUUUUACGAUGUCGUGAGCUUUGUCAACAAUUCAUGGUCGACAUGUACGCGAAGAUUGAGAGCGAACGACUACGAUACUUACGAUAUAAUCAACAAAAGCUGCGCGCGGAAGAGUACAUUCAUUUGCGAGACGCUAUCAACAACAACGCCGACGUCGCCGAAAUUGGUAACCAUGUCAUUUUACCAUCAUCGCACGUAGGCAGUCCACGUCAUAUGCAAGAAUAUAUACAGGAGGCUCUGACUUUCGUGCGCGAAUAUGGACGACCAUGUUUAUUUAUCACGUUCACAUGUAAUCCAAAAUGGCCAGAGAUUACAUCUUUGCUACUGCCUGGCCAAAAUGCAAUACAUCGCCAUGACAUUACAGCACGUGUGUUCAAACAAAAGUUGAAGUCUUUAAUAAGUUUCAUUACUAAAUCACAUGUAUUUGGUCCCACACGUUGCUGGAUGUAUUCGGUUGAGUGGCAAAAGCGAGGAUUACCUCAUGCACACAUUUUGGUUUGGUUCAUCGACAAAAUCCGUCCUGAAGAAAUCGAUAGCAUCAUUUCUGCGGAAAUUCCAGAUCCAUCCACUGACCAACUGCUGUUUGAUAUUGUUACAACAAACAUGAUUCAUGGUCCAUGUGGUACUCUUAAUAGCUCAUCGCCUUGCAUGGCUGAUGGAAAAUGUACUAAAAAUUUCCCUAAAGAUUUUACCAAUGAUACGGUCACAAAUGUCGACGGAUACCCAAUAUAUCGUCGAAGAAAUCCUGAAAAUGGCGGACAAUCAUUUAUUAAAAAUAUCAUCAACACAGACAUUGAUAUUGACAAUCGUUGGGUGGUGCCAUAUUCGCCUCUGCUGAGCAAGACAUAUAAUGCUCAUAUUAAUGUUGAGUUCUGCAGUUCUGUGAAGAGCAUCAAAUACAUUUGCAAGUAUGUCCAUAAAGGCAGUGAUAUGGCUGUGUUUAGAGUGGAAAAUACUAAUGUGAAUGCUCCUCCAGUGAAUAAAAACGAUGAAAUAACGCUCUACCAAAUUGGUCGGUACAUCAGCUCCAAUGAAGCUGCUAAA